UUAUGUCUCUUCAUCAUUAAAUUUCAAAUGAGCCGGUUGUAUUGAUACCGUGUUUGCAUUAGUUAAUAUUAUUAAUUAAUUAGCUUACAUUUCAUAAAUAAUGAUCUCAGCUCUUUCUGUGGUCCAGAAAACGUUACCAGAAAUAGUAGAAGCUGGGUCGUUCGGUCCAUGUCGCAAGUACGAAUCAUUUUUAACGGACAAUAAAAAUACUGGACAAGACCAAUAUGCUACCACCGUUGUUUUUGGUAAACUUGUGUUAUCUGAUGGAGAGAAGUAUCAACUGGUUAUCAAAUUCAAGCAUCCUUAUGCAAUAUUGAGGGAGUGCCUUCACAGUGAUAAUCAAUUUCAUAAUGAAAUCACUAUGUACAAGCAGAUAAUUCCUUUUUUUAAUUCCAUGUCUAUUACUAACUCACAAAUUGAAAAUCCUUUGUUCGCUCGCUUUUUUUAUGGUAAUAAUGUUGGCGGUGAAAAUUUUGAAAAGGAUAUGAUUGUUUUGGAAAAUGUCAGUACACUAGGUUAUAAAUUAUCUGAACAGAGAUUAAUGUUAGACUAUGAACACAUUGAAAUUGCUUUAAAGUCAAUGGCAAAGUUUCAUGGAUUUUCGUAUACAGCAAAACACAAAAAUAAUCAACAAUUUUUAGAAUUAACAAAAAAAACACAAGAAUCUCAAUGGUUUGAAAGUGGUGAAUGGGUUAUUAGGAAAAAUGGUAUGAAAGUAAUCGGAAAAACAGACAUCAACCGUUUAGUUGAAAAAAAUCCGGAUAAAUAUAAAAAUAAUUUGCACGUGCAAAAGUUGCUCGAGCAUUUUAAUGAACCAGAUAAUAACCUCCGUAAAUUGAUGAAUAAUUAUGGUUCCGUACCAGUCCUUUGUCACGGCGACUUUUGCCGAAAUAAUAUUUUAUUCAAGUACAAUAACUUGAAUCAUCCGAUUGCAGCUUUGAUAUUUGAUUUUGCUAAUAUCCGUUACGGAUCACCAGCUUUAGAUUUGUCAUUCUUUUUAUACCUAAACACCGAUCGAAAGCUGCGAACCGAAUAUUGGUAUCAACUUUUAGACGUGUAUUGCAAAGAACUGGCUGUAUCAGUGCCAGAAGGUGUCGUUGUACCUGAUCGAAAAGCAAUUGAAGUCGAGUUGGCCAAGUAUUCAAUUUAUGGAUUAUCCCAUGUAUCAUUUUUUUUGCGUGUGAUGUCUGAGGAAAAUUUUCAAUUGGAUAUUACCAAGCUUGAUCAAGUGUCCAUGGAUCAAUGGGUGAAAGAAUUAUUGGCGUUAGGUGGAGAAAAAGGAGCUGACUUGGUCGUAGAUGUUUAUGAACACAUCAUCGAAAAGGGCUACACUAACAUGUUAUAACAAAAAAAAAUUAUCCAAAAUAAUUAGCUUUUUUUUAUAAUAAAGUUAGGAGUUUUAUAAAAAAUGUUUUAUUUCUUACUUUUAGGGGCUAUAACUCACACAUAUGAAAUACCUGGUAGCACUGGUUGGGUUAUACCAGUGUCGUACACAGUUGUUUUUGAACAAAAUAAUUUUUUUAUAUAGUAUUUUUUUAAGAUAUUAUUACAUAUACUAGUAUAACUUUUUUUUAAUAAAAUCUCGUAUUUAACAAUAACAACAAUAUUUAAGGUUUCAAUAAAAUAAUUUUUUUUAGUCUUUUGAGUAAAAUUAUAAAGGUAAAUACUUUAUUUUUGUUUCAUCAUAAAUGAAUAUAAUAGUAACUUUUCAAGGGGUGUCAUAAACCCUGACAAUCCAACCUUUUUCAACAUGUCACUGUCUAAUUUCUUAACAAAUUACUUUUAUUGUAAAAUAAAUUUUAAAAUAUA